UCCGGAAAAGGGCGGGAUGGGCGGGUGGGACGGGUUCGGUGUCACGGGCGGGAGGGUCGGGAGGGCCAGGAAGGUAAGGCAUGAGGGUCAGGAGGGUCAGGAUUGUGGGGUGGGGUCAAGGGCAGGAGGGUCGGGCGGGAGCGGGGGCAGGGGCAACAACGGAUGGUCGAGCAGGGGGAUUAGGUGGAAGGGUCGGGAUGAGCGGACAAGGAUUGGCGGGACGGGGAGGAAGAAGUAGAAUCUGGGGAGAAGGAGGCCGUGGCGAUGGAGAAGGACGAGGAGGAAGACAGAGGAGGACGACGAAGAAUAAGGAGGAGGAGGAGGAGGAGGAGGAGGAGGAGGAAGAAGAGGUGGAGGAGGAGGAGACCAUGGAGACAGAGGAGGAGGAGGGAGAGAACUUAGAGGAGGAAGAAGAAGAAGCGGAGGAGGAGGAGGAGGACGACGACGACGAGGACGAGGAGUGGGAAGAGGAGGAAGAAGAGGAGGAGGAAGAAGAGGAGGAGGAAGAAGAGGAGAAGGAAGAAGAGGAGGAGGGCCCGAUGAUGGAGGAGGAGGAGGAGGUGGAGGAGGAGGAGGAGGAGGAGGCCACGGCGGCAGAUGAGGACGACGAAGAAGAAGAGGCGGAGGAGGAGGAGGAAGAAGGAGAAGAAGACUAGGAGGACGAGGAAUAGGAGGAGGCCGCGACGGGGCUGAAGGACAAAGAGGCGGCAGCGGCAGCGG